UGUGCCACGUGUCAUCAGGGAUGGGUCCCUACAAUGCCCCCCUUUUUAAGUUGUCGAUUUUGCCCUAGCAAAAUGGGCGGGUUAAAAAAGAAUGAUUGCCUCUUAAAACCGGGGUUCGCUUUUUGUUCUUACUGGGCCACGUGGCGAGCUGAGGCGAAAAGACAGGAGAGCCUUUAUGGCGAGCCGCCGUCUCUGGGUAUUCCCUAGGCAAUGUGUCGGUUUAAUGAUAGCGUUUUUCUGAACGCUUGGGAUACUGAGGUGCUGUCUCUUAUAAAUAUCAGGCUGUGGACUCCCGUUGCUUUUUCUUACUGCAUCUUCCUUGUCAUCGCUUCAUUUGUCUGCUGUUUUGUCUUUGCUUGUGAGCGUACCGGCAGCAUUCAGGUGGUGACGGUGACUGCAUUUGCGGUUUUCGACCCUGUUUUCGAGUUUACACUUGAUUGUGCUUCAUCUUUGUACUGGAAAAUGUCUGCUACCAAGGAAGUUACUUCAGCUCGCCCGUCUGGUGACGCUCGUGCAGAAAAGUCUGUAGAAAAGUUGAAUGUAAAAGAAUUUCGCGAUCGGUUUUGCGUUCCUAAUGGCGUGUCUGUAGAGCUGUUUGAUGGGAGGGCGUGUUGCCUGAGAAGCCGGAAAAUAACGCGAUACUCUUUACCAAGGAGCAGUUUAAUGCUGGGCUUCGAUUCCCUGUCCCUUCUCUGCUCAAGGAAUUUCUGCACUUCACCCAGAUUCCUCCAGUGUACGUACAUCCCAACAUGA